CGCGGCUUCCGUUGACGUCACGCGAUGCGUGACGUCAGCAUAACAACAACCUGCCUUCAUAGCUCACGGGAGAAAUUGAAACGAGCAACAUUAUAAAACCAAUAUUCCUAAAACCACUUUGAAUGUAAGGCGUCUCUCGAAAGUGUUGGAGAUCCAGGCGGGGACCGGGCUUUCUUGAGCCUGUCGGUUGAGCCAGCCGGAGAGACGGGGAACAGGAUUGGGAAGCAGGGCGAGGCGGAGCCGGUGGAGAAGAUGGCCGGCAGCCCGGAGAAGAGUUCCACCGCGCAGGAGCUGAAGGAGCAGGGGAACCGCCUGUUCCUUUGCCGCAAGUAUCAGGAGGCUGCGACCUGCUACAGCAAGGCCAUUAACCGUAACCCCUCCGUGGCAGUGUACUACACCAACCGGGCCCUCUGCCAUGUGAAGCUGCAGCAACAUGACAAGGCUCUGGCUGACUGUAAGCACGCGCUGGAGCUGGACACCCAGUCAGUCAAGGCCCACUUCUUUCUGGGCCAAUGUCACCUCGAGCUGGAGAACUACGACGAAGCCAUCGGGAACCUCCAGAAAGCGUACAACCUGGCAAAAGAACAGCGGUUGAAUUUCGGCGACGACAUCCCCGGCGCCUUGCGCAUCGCCAAGAAGAAGCGUUGGAACAGCAUCGAGGAGAAGCGCAUCAACCAGGAGAACGAACUGCACGCCUACCUGAGCAAACUCAUCCUCGCAGAGAAGGAGCGACAACUUGAAGACUACAAAGAAAAGCAGGAUGACGAUCGCAUUAGCGGUGACGUGGCCAAGAUUGCAUCAAAACACGACAAGUACUUAAUGGACAUGGAUGAACUCUUCUCUCAAGUGGACGAGAAGAGAAAAAAACGGGAGAUUCCAGACUAUCUGUGCGGCAAGAUCAGUUUUGAGCUGAUGAGGGAGCCGUGCAUCACACCAAGCGGGAUCACCUACGACCGCAAAGACAUCGAGGAGCACCUACAGCGGGUGGGACAUUUUGACCCGGUCACUCGAAGCCCCCUGACCCAGGAUCAGCUUAUCCCCAACCUGGCCAUGAAGGAAGUGAUCGAUGCCUUUAUCCAGGAGAACGGCUGGGUGGAGGACUACUAGAUAAGACCCCCACCACCCGCCCCCGGUCUCCCUUUUGGGCAUCGCGAGUCUACAUGAGACUGUCGAGAUGAUGUCGCGCCUCGCCUGGACACGAACUGUCACACUUUGGACAAGCGCAGGGGAGCCGAAUGUGGACCUCAGAGCCCGUCGCCGCCCUCUUUGCAUCUCAAAUUUGCGAGGCUGUGUGUUUGUGGCCUGCUACUCCCUUUAACAUCUUCGACAACUUUGAUCUUUCAUUUUCCUUUUUCUCUCCCUCCCCCCCAACGCGGGGGCAGCUCUCUCGGGUCUCGUCUCAUCUCCUCUCGUCUAUUUCUAUCUCGAGUGCCACAAAUCCCAGGGACGCGUCACUAAAUGCUGCCGUGUACGCGCGCGACUGCCAAGACACAGCAAAUCAGAUUUAUUCGUUCUUAGCACUUCGACUUGAAAUGUUAACUAUGCCCCCCUCAUCCCCCCCAAA